AUGGUGGGAGUACCGCGCGACGAGGCGCCUUCUACGGCCGGACGUUCAGAUGCUUCCAACUCAGAUGCCGAGAGAGGGCGGCUGCUCUCCGGAGACGAUGAAGAAGCUGAUCCUGAGACCUAUGAGGAUGCUGAACGACUUGACAAUUGGCAUGUAGAGCACAAGCGCCGAGAGACCCGGCGAUGGAGCUAUCUUGUUAUGGUUAUCAGUACGGUCGCGUUGAUCACAGUUCUUGCUGUUUGGGUUCAUAAAAACACACUGACCUCUGGAUGUGAGUAUGACGGAAGCUGCAACGAUAUCUCCAAGCUCUGGGGUCAGUACUCUUCCUUCUUCUCUGUCCCAUCAGAGAUUGAUUCAUCGACGCCGGAUGACUGCGAAGUUACCAUUGCCGUCGUUUUGUCUCGUCAUGGGGCUCGUUAUCCCACCACCACCAAGUCUGAAGCAUACAACGCGACUAUUGCCCGACUACAGAAAUCCGUGACCAAGUAUGGCACGGGCUAUGAAUGGCUCAAAGAGUACACCUACAAGCUCGGGUCUGAGGAUCUGACCGAGCUUGGUCAGCAACAGAUGAUAGACUCCGGAAAGGCUUUCUACGAUCGAUACAUUGGACUCGCUGAGAAGACAGAACCCUUCGUUCGAGCGUCAGGGUCAGACAGAGUCGUCGUAUCGUCUUAUAACUUCACACAAGGCUUUUAUGCUUCCCGAGGAGAGUCUGGAGAUGAGUACACUGACGAUGUCUUGGUCAUCCCAGAGGAGUCUGGCAUCAACAACACAUUGUCGCAUGGGUCAUGCGCCUCAUUUGAGAAAGACGAUACACUCGGUGAAAACGACGUACAAACUGCCUGGGGAAACAAAUUCCUACCCCCUAUCCGGGAUAGGCUGAACAGGAAUUUGCACAAAGCGAAGCUGUCGUUGAAAGAUACCGUUUACCUGAUGGAUUUAUGUCCUUUCGUCACAGUCAACACUCCUGAUGGUGCUGGGCAGUCCAGAUUCUGCGAUCUUUUCUCUACGGAAGACUGGCGAAGUUACAAUUACUUCAUGACGCUUGGAAAAUACUACAAGUAUGGUAACGGUAACAUUAUGGGACCAACGCAGGGUGUUGGAUAUGUCAAUGAGCUUGUUUCACGACUGACAAGGAAACCUGUCCAUGAUCACACAACAACCAACAGCACGCUAGACUCCAACCCAGAGACGUUCCCGCUUGACAGAGCGCUGUAUGCGGAUUUUAGUCACGACAACAGCAUGGUAUCAAUCUUCUCAGCUCUUGGUCUGUACAACUCGACAGGCAACUUGCCGAAGCACCACAUUGUGCCAGCUGUCCGGGCACAUGGCUACUCAUCAGCAUGGGUGGUUCCUUUCGCAGCGCGUAUGUACGUCGAGAAGCUCGAGUGCGGUGCGACUAGGGAACAGAAGGGUGAAGAAUAUGUCAGGGUGUUAAUCAACGAUCGAGUCAUGGAGUUGGAUACGUGUGGAGGAGAUGAGUAUGGACGCUGCAAGUUAGAGGACUUCGUAGCGAGCCUGUCGUUUGCCAGAAGGGGAGGGAAUUGGGACAGGUGCAGUGCGUAA